GUCACCUAACGCGAAUAUUGUGCGCCCACUCGUUCCACCUCCUGCCCCUUUUGUCUCUCGCUCUCUCUUUUCCUUCUUUUCCGAAGUCCUGCGAGCUUAGGAGGGAAGGCGCGGUGGAGCGGUGAUGAACAGUGGUUUUUGAUCUCCUUUUUUUCCUUGAAAUCUUGUUGUUUUGUGUUGUUUUGUGUGUUUUUUGAUGGAGAUUUGAGGGAGACGGGGAGAGGAAUUGGAGAAGAAACGAAGAGCUUGGGAUUGAUAUAACUUGAUAGAUCUGAGGCUUGGGAUUGCUGUUUGAUUAGCUGCAUUUUGUGCGGACAUUUCACUUAUAAUUAUUUGAGAAUGGAUAAGCGAAGCUGGCCUUGGAAGAAGAAAUCAUCAGAAAAAGCAGCAGCAGCAGCAGCAGCAACGGCUGAUUCUGUAUCCAGCUCGGAUGCCAAUCAAGCAGACCAGCCGAGCGCAAAAAGUGUCAACUAUGUACAAAUUUCGGCAGAAACAUAUAAUCAUCUCACUGAACUAGAAGAUCAAGUGAAGGUCUUAAAUGAAAAAUUAACCUCUGCCCAAUCUGAGAUCACCAACAAGGAUGUUCUGGUAAAGCAGCACGCCAAAGUUGCUGAAGAAGCAGUAACAGGUUGGGAAAAGGCUGAAGAAGAAGCCCUCGCAUUGAAACAGCAGCUUGAAUCUGUUACCUUGCUGAAGCUUAGAGCUGAAGACCGAGCAUCCCAUCUUGAUGGUGCUCUUAAGGAGUGCAUGAAGCAAGUUCGCAAUGUGAAAGAAGAAAGCGAGCAGAAGCUACAUGAUGUAAUAUUUGCAAAAACUAAGCAAUGGGAAAAAGUGAAGUCUGAAUUGGAAGCCAGAAUACAUGAUUUUGAAGAAGAGCUCCUUAGGGCAUCUGCUGAAAAUGCCGCGCUUUCAAGAUCUCUUCAAGAACGCUCAAAUAUGCUGAUGAAAGUCAGUGAUGAGAAGUCUCAAGCUGAUGCUGAGAUUGAAGUUCUGAAAAGCAAUUUACAGUCAUGUGAACGAGAAAUAAGUUCUUUGAAAUAUGAACUUCAUAUUGCCUCCAAGGAGCUUGAAAUUCGGAAUGAAGAAAAGAACAUGAGUGUAAGAUCUGCCGACGUAGCAAAUAAACAGCAUGUAGAAGAUGUGAAGAAGAUAACAAAACUUGAAGCAGAGUGCCAAAGGUUAAGAGGUCUUGUCCGGAAAAAGUUGCCUGGGCCAGCUGCAUUAGCUCAAAUGAAGUUAGAAGUUGAGAACUUAGGCCGGGAUUACAGUGAACCUAGAGGGCGUCGAUCUUCUGCCAGGAGUUCGAGCCCACACUUUGCUCCAGCUUCUGAGUUUGCCUAUGAAAAUUUCCAGCAGUGCCGGAAAGAGAACGAAUUUCUCACAGCACGUUUGUUGGCAAUGGAGGAAGAAACAAAGAUGCUAAAGGAGGCCUUGGCAAAUCGCAACAGUGAGCUUCAGGUUUCAAGAGACAUGUGUGCCUCAACAGCGAAUAAGCUUCUUAGCAUGGAAGCAGAAAUGAAUUCUAUGAACCAACAGAAGGGACCCCUCAAAACAAAUAUGGAUAUAACUGUGGAACAUUCCUUCAAUAACAGUAAACCACCAAGUUUAACCUCAAUGUCCGAAGAUGGAAUUGAUGAGGAGGGUUCAGAGUCUUGGGCUACAGCAUUAGUGUCAGGGCUCUCGCAGAUCAAGAAAGAAAGAGAUGCUAAGAAAGCAGACAAUGGCAACCAUUUGGAUCUUAUGGAUGACUUUUUAGAGAUGGAGAGACUAGCCUGUCUAUCAACUGAAGCUAAUGUGACCACCACUCCUUCGGAGAAUGGCAUCGAUAAGAAAAUUGCUCCCUGUGCUGAUGCUAUUCAUAUGGUUCAGAAGGAUGGAAAUGAGGAUGACCCAACUAAGUUACAGUCUUCAUGCAAGAAACAACUUGAGAGGAAAUCACUUUCAAUCUUUGAAUCUCAAUCCCCAGACACUGACUUAAACAAGGUCGUAGAGGAUAUUAGGAGCAUAGUGCAAGAUGUCCAAGAAGAGUUAUCUGAUCUUCCAGUAAGUUGUGUCAUUCAGGGAAGCCAAUCCAUGGUUUCUCCUAAUCAAAAACAUUAUCAUGAGGACGUGAAGGAGACCAAGGAAAAUGUGAAAUCUUCAAAGCAAAUAUCAAAGUCAUUGAAGAAUGCUAUUUCUCAGAUUCAUGAAUUUGUGCUGAUGCUUGGUAAAGAAGCAGUGGAGAUUCAAGGUAGAUCACCUGAUGAGUUUAACAAAAAGCUUGAAAAGUUCUCCGAGUCAGUCAGCAGAGUUCUCUCUGAAGAGGUUGUAUUAGAUGAGUUUAUUAUGGCCUUUUCACAUAUUCUGUCAGAGACCAGUGAGUUGAGUUUUAACUUGUUGAGAAACAAGCGCAAUGAGGAGGAGGGCAACAGUUCUGAUUAUGUAGACAAAGUAACAUUACUAGAGAACAAAGUCGCUCAACAUGAUCCAACAAAAGAAAGGUUCUCUGGAGCAUCACUUGAUUCUCAUUCACUAGCUAAUCCAGGGAUUGAAGGGCCUGUGGGACAUGACUAUGAUCUAAUGAAUACGUUGGAAAAAUGCAGCUUUGAGGAGUUGGAACAAUUGAAGCUGGAGAAAAAGAACAUGGAAAUGGACCUUGCUAGAUGCACUGAAUCUUUAGAAUGUACAAAGAUCCAAUUGGUCCAAACAGAGCAACACCUUUCAGAGCUUAAAUCAGAGCUGGCAGCCUGUCAGAAGUCUUACAGUUUAGCUGAGACACAGUUGAAGUGUAUGGCUGAAUCAUACAAGUCAUUGGAAUCUCGCACUCAAGAAUUAGAAUCUGAGAUAGACCAGCUUCGUAUGAAGGCAGAAACUUUGGAUGAUGAGCUUCAGGAAGAAAAGCGUUGCCAUCAAGAUGAUUUAGUCAAAUACAUUGAACUUCAAGAAAAAGAUGGAAAGAAGUGUGCAACUUGUUCCAUUCCUGUGGAAGGUGACUCAGACAUCAAGACAAAACAGGAAAAGGAGAUUGCUGCAGCUGCAGAGAAGCUUGCUGAAUGUCAAGAGACCAUAUUUCUUCUCAGCAAGCAACUAAACGCCAUGCGUCCACCAGCUGAGCUAAUGGCCUCCUCUCUGAAUGAUGGGCGGCGAAUGAGUGAUGGCAUUGUCGAAGAUGAACCAAGUUCAAGCGGUUUUCAUCCACGAAGCCUUCCUAGCCCACAACAAUCAGAUUACUCUGAGACAGAAAAGGUUGGCGGCAACAACACAAGGAUAACCGGCGGUGAAUCUCCUUUAGAUGGAUACAUGAUUCCUUCUGACAAUGAAUCAACCUCAUUUCCAAGAUCACCAGUUAGCUCUAAGCGCCAGAAAGCAAAGGUCUCUAGAUCAUCGUCGUCUUCUUCCAUUUCAAGUAUGAUGGUUACUGAAAAACACGGACGUGGCUUCAGCCGAUUUUUCUCCAAAAGCAAGAAUGAUCACUAGGAACUCAAUGUAGUUCAUCCUUUUUAUUUUGAAGCCAUUUGCUCCUGUUGACUUCCAUUCUUCAUAAAUGGCCGCCUCUCUGAUACCUGAAGCCGAAAAAUUUGUGCCUGUCACAAGGAAAUCUCACUGUAUAUUUGCUUGGAGAAUUAUAUCUUUCUUUCUUUGGAGAUGAGUUUUGAUAUGUAUGAUUUGUUUAGCAGUGUCACAUUAUCUGUUGUUGUAUAGAAAGAAAUAAGGCCUUCUCCACCCAAGAACCAUCAUCAUAUGUUCGUCCUGACAAAUUAUUAAUUUCAUGAGUUUGUUGUACUUCUUUCAGAUUUGUAUAACACUUUGAUUUGUUUUGGAGAUUGUCUUGAAUGCUAGCAAUGAAUUUGAGAGCCAUUAUUAAUA